AUGUCCUGCACUUGGAAUGUCUUGCUAUCCCCAAACGGCUGCUUGUUGGCAUCACCUAAGCCUCUUGCCAGAUUCCUCAGCGCCAAGCCCGUCGGACGGAAACUUUCCGUCUCCGUCGUCAGAGCUGCUUCCGAUGACCCUGAUUGCAAUGCCGAAGAAUGUGCUCCCGAUAAAGAGGUUGGGACGGUGAGUAUGGAGUGGUUGGCCGGAGAGAAGACGAAAGUGGUGGGAACAUUUCCUCCACGGAAGAAGGGUUGGACUGGCUAUGUUGAGAAGGACACUGCUGGUCAGACCAAUGUUUACUCUAUUGAGCCUGCAGUAUAUGUUGCAGAGAGCGCGAUAAGCUCAGGUACUGCAGGAUCUUCGUCUGAUGGUGCUGAGAACACAGCAGCAAUCGUAGCAGGCGUUGCCCUUAUAGCAGUCGCUGCGGCUUCCUCUAUUCUCCUCCAAGUCGGGAAAGACGCCCCGGCUCGACCAAAACCAGUUGAUUACAGUGGACCGUCGCUUAGCUACUACAUCAACAAGUUCAAGCCUGCAGAAACUGAUCAAGCUUCUUCUUUCCCCGCUCUCACUGAAGCUCCACCGGUGGCUCAGCAAGAAACUUCACUGCCAGAAACUAUGGCCAGUGAGGCUCAGCCAGAAACGUCACUACCGGAAACUAUGGCCGUUGAGGCUCAGCCAGAAACCUCACUACCGGAAACUGCGGCCGUUGAGGCUCAGCCAGAGGCGUCUUCUGUUCCAACAAGUAGUACUACUUCUUAG